CCAGCUUAGCAACAAUGUGCUCCAUUCAAGCUCUGAGAUAGGAAGAAAAAUGGCUAAAAACCUGGAAGAAGGACUCUGCUAAGCUAAAAUGAAGAGAAACUAAAGGAAAAAAGAAAAACUUGCCUUUCCUGAGCCAGAACAAUGUCUAACAUCACCUUUGCUCCCAGCAGCCCCAGUAACAUUAUAGCAACCACUGUUGUAACCACAGCCCAGCCUAGUGUCAUUGAAGGCCUUCUUAACAAAAUUCCAUUACCCAGAUGGGCCCUCAUAGCUAUUGCUGUCGCAGUGGGCCUCGUCCUCUUCCUCUUCCUCAUCUGCAUCAUCAAGUGCUGCUGUUGUAGGAAGAAACACAAGAAGAAAGAGAAACUCAAUUUGGCCAGCAUCAAUGGCUCCACCACUAUCCCCAGCCGGGUCCAACCUGAUAUGGAAGACCUGGAGUGUGGACUGGAGGAUGAGAAGCGAGGACAGCUGCAAUAUUCCCUGGAGUAUGACUUCCGUGGCCAGGAGCUGAAGGUUGGAGUGAAGCAGGCGGCAGAUCUGAAGGUUAUGGACAGUGGAGGUACCUCUGAUCCUUACGUGAUUGUCUAUCUGACAUCUGAUAUGAGGAAGAAGUAUGAGACAAAGGUUUACCGAAAGACACUGAACCCUGUUUUCAAUGAGAGCUUUCUUUUUCAGAUACCCCAGGCAGAGGUAGCAGAAUCCACACUGGUGAUGCAGGUGUAUGAUUUCAAUCGCUUUUCCAAACAUGACAUCAUUGGCGAGAUGCGGCUCCCUCUGGCUGAUAUUGAUUUGCAGCAUGUCAUUGAGCAAUGGCAUGAGCUCGCUGUGGCCAGCAAAACUGAGCAAGAGCACCUUGGGGAGAUUUGCUUUUCACUCCGAUAUGUCCCCAGCACUAGCAAAUUAACUGUGGUCAUCUUGGAAGCCAAAAAGCUCAAGCGGAUGGAUGCACAUGGUCUGUCAGACCCCUAUGUCAAAGUCCAACUUAUCCUGAACAAAAAGAAAUGGAAGAAAAAGAAAACAAGUGUAAAGAAAAACACCUUAAGUCCCUACUUCAAUGAGGCAUUUGUUUUUGAAGUGCCCUUCAACUUGAUCCAGAAUGUAGACCUGGUGAUUUCAGUCUGGGAUCGUGACAAAAUGACCAAAGAUGACCAGAUUGGGAAGCUGUUUCUCAGCUGUCGAGCUACAGGGAACCAACUGCGCCAUUGGUCAGAUAUGCUGUCCAGUCCUCGCAGGCCUGUUGCACAGUGGCACAGCCUGCAGUCUGUGGAAGACGUUGACAAAACCCUGGGGUUGAAGUCUCGCCUCAAGGUGCCAUUACUCAGCAGCUAAAAAAGAAAAGCUCCUCCCUAUUCUUCUCCACUUGAGAAAAGAACUCAUUGUUCUUGGUUGGUAGGACAAGUUUGCAAAAGAACAGCUGGUAGCAGAAAUCACUAUGUAAAAUCAAGAUCAAUUAGAAAUGUAGCCAAAAGUGUUCUGAGGUAGGGAGUUUGAUAUCCUUUUGGGCCGCAGCCCAGGCAAAGAGCCAUUCUCUUGGAACAAUGGGAAUAUUUCUUGGGUGGCAAGCACACUAAUUCCCUUUACACCCACAAAUCAUACAGGAACUAUGCCAGUCUUUGGGGUCUCUACAUCCUAGCUCAACCAGAAGACAACAGGUAUAGCAGCAUCAUUCUGAUGGCAUGAUCUCAACAAUGGAUUACGAGGAAUUUGGGGGCAAAAUCCUGCACAACUCUCUUAGUUCUUUCUUUCUGCAGUACUGCUCUCUGCAGUUACAGUUCAACACUAAAACAGAAUAACACUCAAACAAUUCAGAAUACCACUUAAAAUUCCCCCAACCUCUGCUCUUAACUCUCACUCCCCAAAGCCACCCUAAAAAGAUGAGUGUCACAAUGUUUCCAGAAGCUAUUUUUGCUUUAAUUUUCCAAAGGGGGAACACUCCAGAAAGGGGGAGGGAACCACUGAAGAUGUCCUUAUGUCUGAACUUGUUAUAAGAUAGUAUUUUUAUUGAU